AUACCAUCCAGCCGGACCCUAUAUAAACCAGCCUCGCCGAUCUAUUUACGGAGACUGUUAGUGCGCGCACAAGGCUGAAGCAAUUCAGGAGAUUACUGCAUUACAUUGAGAAAACGCUCAAUUGGUAACAAUGUCUCACGGAUGGGGAUACGCAGCAGACAACGGACCCGACACAUGGGGUGAAAACUUCCCGAUCGCAAAUGGACCUCGCCAGUCUCCCAUUGACAUUGUACCUGGCGAGGCUGCGUUUGACGCCGCACUGAAGGCGCUCACACUGAAGUACGAUCCCUCCACCUCCAUCGACAUCCUCAACAAUGGCCAUUCUGUUCAAGUCACCUUCGCCGACGACACUGAUAGCUCAACUCUGACCGGGGGCCCAAUCUCCGGCACUUACAGACUGAAGCAGUUCCACUUCCACUGGGGGGCCAGCGACGACAAAGGUUCUGAACACACUGUAGCCGGAACCAAGUACCCCGCUGAGCUGCAUCUGGUCCACUGGAACACCAAGUAUCCCAGCUUUGGAGAGGCUGCCAGCCAGAGCGACGGGCUGGCUGUGGUCGGAGUCUUCCUUCAGAUUGGUGCUGACAAUCCUCAGCUUCAGAAGCUUCUUGAUGCUUUUGAUGGCAUCAAAGCUAAGAGCACCCAGACUUCCUUUGCAAACUUUGACCCCACCAUACUCCUGCCAGGGUCCCUGGACUAUUGGACAUACGAUGGUUCCCUGACCACACCUCCUCUGCUGGAGAGUGUCACCUGGAUUGUCUGCAAGGAGUCAAUCAGUGUCAGCCCUGGUCAGAUGGAGAAGUUCCGCAACCUGAUGUUUUCUGGGGAUGGAGAAGCCCCCUGCUGCAUGGUGGACAACUACCGCCCCCCGCAGCCCCUGAAGGGUCGCAAGGUCCGCGCAUCCUUCCAAUAAGCCAGACGCCCACACUCUUUUCCACCCCCCUCCCCCAACCAAGGAGCCGUCCUCCAGUUGACCCCCUGCGACAGCCCCUGCAACCACCACCCCACCUCCCAACUCCAAGCAUUUAUCCGUCCUCCACAGUGAGCUGUGCUGGCGUGCCCCACCCUCCUUCAAGAGCGACGCGGGGCACAGGAACCCUGUCCGUGCUUCCAGUGCUUCCAUUGACCAGUAAUCCCCUUAGCCCUGCCAACGGAACCCACUCUGGCUGACCACUACAACUAGAUCAGAAGAAAAAUAAGCAAAAAUGGAUCACAGACAUGGAUCAUACUCAUCAAGUGAUCUGGUGAUCCUAGUGACCAAACGUGACCGAGGCAUCAUCCCCUCUCCCACGUGUCCAUCUGGUCCAGGCAGUGGUGUUGCUCAGCCUGAGUGCUUUGAAGGACGCUAGUUUGACAUGUGGCAUUCCUCAAGUCCCACUGUGGCAGGUUUACUAGGAUUCUGCAUUUUUGGUGCCAAUAUUUGAAAAGUGUUUUAUUUGUACACUCUUUUUGCUAAGAAAAUAUAUUAUUAAAUAUUAUUAUUAAAAUAUAUUAUUAUUAAUCUCAUUGUUGUGGAUCUUUAGACCCUUUGUAGUUAAAGUAUGUAAAAGCAAACAAGCAAAGAGGAGGAGGAAGGAAACAAAUGUAGUGAGGCGAUGAAGCUGAAAAGCAAAAUUACUAAGCACAAUGAGGCGUGAAUGUUUUCGCUGAGCACGAUGCGAGAGGACAGCCAUGUCUGCUCGCAGUGCCAGCUCAGGGCACCAUCGCUCCGAGCAAAAGCUAGCUGUCAGGCCAUCUGGGAGGGUGUGGGGGAGGGGGGGGGGGGUGAGCCUGCCCCCGUGGUGCCAGCGUAGUAAUCUCUGACUGCCCUCCUCAGGAUCACCACAGCUUAGCAAACCUCUGGUGUUUUGGCCAAGCAAACUUGCAAAAAUCCCCAUUUGGCAUGCACACAUCCAUAUGCGCACACUUGCACAUGUACACUCAUGUACUCAGACAAACACACACACACACACACACACACACACACACACAUGUGUGUGUGUGCAUACAUACACACACAAACACACACAGAACCAUGUGGUGCAUAGAAUCCCCUCAUCAGUUGGUACUGCAUUUCAUCAUAUGAAAAGCUUCAUACUCUUUGUGCCUCCGAUCUCCAAAUCCCUUUCUUGUUUGUUUUUAUGAUUUUUAUCAUUGCUACAGACUAGCAAAGUGCAAUAGAUGUCUGUGCGGCUUCACAAUACAGAGACAGUUCAUGUUAACAAAUGUAUGGCAUUUCUUUGUUUUCCAUGAUUCCUAAAAAUUGUAUUUUUUCCAACUGAAAGUGAAUGUUAUUGGGUGUUGUUAUGAAUUGGGUUCUUGUGUUCCUCCCUGUGGGGGUAAAAUCCAUCCUUGUGUUGUAACCCCUGCUUUGUGCAGUUGCAAUGUGGCUAGUGUUAGCCCAGCACUACAUUAACGUGAAGGUCGUGGUAAACCUGCCAAAAGAUAAGCUUGAUCAUCUUAACAGGAGCGCCAGGUCCUUAGAACCUCAGAGUCUCAUGUUAGCCUUUGGGACCAGAAGUCUGCGCAGAACGUCUAAGAAAAUGAAGUGAAGAUCAUAUGUUGCUCUGUGUCUGUCAGAAUGUCUUAGUUUGUGCCCGAUCAUGAAUUUCGACUUGCACUGAGUACAUCAUGCUGUCUGCUUGUUUUGGAAAGAGGAGGUUUUCAAUAAAGAUAUUUUACGACUA